GCUGCAACUAAACACGCCACGCUACCACCUGCGUCUCCGUUUCCUUCUCCUCCUCCAUUGGAGACCAUAGCUUGCUUCUUGCUGCCUCACCAUGGUCGACCUCAGCUAGAGCUUGCUUGCUUGCUUGCUUGCUUGCGUUAGCUAGGCAAUGAGCGCGGGGAGCCCAUCGCCGGGUGGCGGCGAUGGCGGCGGCGGCGGCGGGAGUAUAUUUGGGUCGGGUGGCAUCGGCGGGUUCGGCUACGGCGUCGGCGCCUCCGUCGGCGUGCUCCUCGUCGUCUCCACCGUCGCGCUCGCCAUCUACUUCUGCAGCCGCACGUCCAUGCCGGUGGCCGCCGCCGCCGCCGGCCGCCCGCCAUCUCCGCCUCGACCACGCGACGACGGCGACGUCGAGACCGGCACCGGCAUCGACGACGCGACGCUGGAGGCGUUCCCGGAGGUGGUCUACGGCGAGGCGAGGAAGGCUCGCGGCGGCGCGGCGGCGACGCAGACGUGCUGCCCCGUGUGCCUGGAGAACUACGGCGACGGCGACGUGCUCCGCGCGCUGCCGGACUGCGGCCACCUGUUCCACCGCGAGUGCGUGGACCCGUGGCUCCGGCAGCGGCCGACGUGCCCCGUCUGCCGGACGUCGCCGCUGCCGAGCCCCAUGCCGACGCCGCUCGCCGAGGUGACGCCGCUGGCUCUCGUCAGGCCGUCGUGACGUGACGUCAUCAGGUGAGCCGUGUGUUCUUGGUCUGAUGCUCUCUGUUUAUUUUUCUUUUCUUUUUUUCGUUUGUAAUACAUCAGAAAAUAUCACUAGAAGUAGACAAAAAAUGAAGCAAAUUUGUUUGUUUCCACGGAUGUAAAUUUGUUCAUUUGGGAAUUUGACGACUAGAGUUAGAUAAAGAUUAAGAUUUUUAUGGUACGCUUUUCAAACUGUUAAA